AAUUUAUUCAGCCUUGGGCUAACCGUCGCCCGCGUACAACGUGCCCAUGCUCGCCAGUAACGGAAAUUUCGCGCCAAAGUUUACAUUGAGGAUUGAAAAAUGAAAUUAUGUUUUGAAGUGCAUCAAGUUUAAAAGUGUGAAAACUGCCUGUUCUAGUCAAUUGGACUGACAAAAGUGUAUCAACCGGCUAGUUGGGAGUGUUUACGUGUACUUUGUGUGUGCAAUGCAUAACAGUUAAGUUGGAGUUAAGCACUUAUUAAAAUUGUGCAACAUGGGCGCAUAAGAUUUGUUUGGAGUGUAUAAUUGAUAGAAAGUAUCCGGACUGCCAACAUGGGGACCAAUCGGCUGCUUUCACCAUUUACUUUGCUGCUGAUUUGUACAGUCGGGUGCACGGUGCGAGGUGAUGACGAGCAGCAUGACGCGCGGGAAGGUGAUGACGUCACCAUGCAGUGUCGGUUCGCCCUGGAACCGCUCGCCGGGGAGUCGCUCACCUACUACUGGGUCAGGAGUACAGCCAGUGGGCAUGACAAUGUUGCCAUCGGCAACAUACCGCUCGAAACCAAUUACCAAAUUUCAUACGCGCCGACGGAGGGUCGUUUUGAUCUGAUGGUGUCGAAUGUGUCUUACGAGAGGGACAAUGGUCGGUUCGAGUGUCGCGUGAAGGCUGGUGGGUCGGGGCGCACGCUGCACGCGCAGGGGCACGCGCUGACCGUGCUAACCAGCCCGCGCGCGCCAGUGCUCACACCGGGUUCGCACGCACAGUCCCAGGAGGGCCGGGAACUCAACCUCUCCUGCUCCAGUUCAGGUGGAUCACCCGAGCCUACCAUCAAGUGGUACCGUGAGGGUUCAACGUAUCCCUUGGACGCGACGAUUGUUCACGCUAAGACUCGGUCGGAGCCGACUGUCGCUACCCUGACUCUCAUGCCGACCAGGGAAGAUGAUGGAGCAGUCUUCCGAUGUGUGGUGUGGAACCGAGCCAUGUCGGAGGGCCAACAACUCGAUGCAUCUGUCGACCUUAGUGUCAAUUAUUUUCCUCGAGUUGAAGUUGGUCCAGAAAAUCCUUUGCGAGUUGAAAUAGAUGGUGUCGCCACUAUGGAAUGUAAAGUCGAUGCCAAGCCUAAAGUGACCUCUGUGAAAUGGACUAGGAACGGAAAGUAUAUUUCGAACUCAUUCACGCAUACUAUACAAGGAGUUACGGUGCAGGAUGCAGGAAAAUACACAUGUAGUGCUGACAAUGGCUUAGGACGACCAGGAGAGAAAGAGAUGUAUCUCGAUGUACUCUUCCCUCCCACUGUCACUGUAGUAUCCAAAACAUUUGAAGCUGAGGAAGGUGGAAAUGUCGAAAUCCGCUGCGAAGUUUCCGCAAAUCCUGAACCUACUUCUAUUGAUUGGACGAUGGAAGGGAAACCCGAUUUUCAUCAGAGUGGCAACACCCUCAGUUUGACUAGAGUGAAUGCAGACAUGGCUGGUACUUAUGUUUGUCGCGCUGUCAAUGUUAUAUCAUCCAGCAACGGGAAACGUACCGAGCGAUCAAACAGUGCCUCAGUGGCUGUGCUGGUGAGACACAAGCCUGGUCGUGCGUACAUCAGCCCUGACCGGCCAGUGGCUCAGGAGGGUGCGGGAGUCACUCUUACCUGUAGUGCUAAGCCGCCGGGUUGGCCCGCUCCACAGUACCGCUGGUUCCGGGAUAUGGAUACUAGUCCAGAUGUCAAGCCUGCUGUACUUGCAACAGGAAAUCAAUACUCUAUACCUAGUGCACACCUUGGAAGUGAAGGUGUUUACCAUUGUCAAGCUACAAACGAAUUAGGGCACGGUGAACUUGCUUCAGUUACGUUAGAGGUUCAUCAACCGCCACGUUUCCAAACUAAAUUACAAACACACAUGACGAAGCGAUCGGGAGAACAGGACUUCUCGGUCACCUGUAGUGCCCUUGGUAAACCACGUCCUAAUGUCAAAUGGUUUAAGGACAACGCUGAAAUUAAAGCCGACACGAAUUUGUACGAAGUUAAAACUGAUAUAACUGAGAGCAGAAACGCUGUUUACACAGUUCAAAGUACUCUUAAAUUUAACGGCAAAGCAAGACCGACUACUAAUGACUUAUUGCCCGACGAUCGGGGUAUUUAUUCGUGUGCUUUUGAAAACGAAGUUAAGAAAGUCGAGUCUACGAUGCAUCUUCGAAUAGAACACGAACCUAUAUCAAUUCGGCAACAGAAUAAAGUUGCUUAUGAUGUUAUGGAAAGUGCUGAAAUACUAUGUAGAGUUCAAGCCUACCCAAAGCCAGAAUUCCAAUGGUUCUACGGGUCUAACACAGCUCCACUGCAAAUGUCCUCUGACGGACACUACGAGAUAAAUACUACGACAGACAACAAUGACUCUUACCGCAGUGUGUUAAAAAUAAAAAUGGUGAAACCGCAAGAUUAUGGGGACUAUUAUUGUAAAGUGAAAAACUCACUAGGGAGCAUACGUCCUCAGAUAAGGUUACAGCCCAAAGGCGCCCCGGAGUCACCUCGAGCGUUAGAGAGUCAAAAGGUGGGGCCGACAUACGUGACUUUGAAAUGGGAAGCUGGGUUUGAUGGCGGGUUGUCGAGUACGAAAUACUUCGUGCGCUAUCGACGCGAGUCACUCCGUGGCACGGGAUCCUCGGCCAGCUCCGAGCACUGCGCCUCCGACCGAACUUCUGAAUACGACUGGAUGGAGUACGACUGUGGACGUAUCAACCCUUGCAACGUCACCAGGCUGGACCAGCAUAACACAUACUCAUUCAAGGUGAAAGCUGUAAAUACUAAGGGACAAAGCAAUUACUCGAAUGAGAUCACAGUGACAACGAAGGUGGACAAAAUCAAUCCACCAGAGCAAGUGACAUAUGAUCCCAGCACGCAGGCGAUAGCAUUCACAGUGACCCCUACUUGUUUGGCCCUAGUGGGUGUCGUCGAAGGACUCGCUAACAUGGGAGGUACCGCGGGAUGGCAGGUAGUGGAUACUGUGAACCUUCGACUGUCUGGUGCAGUGGCGACUGUACAGGAAGCUACAGUCGAACUGCCCAGUAAAACAACUCGCACGACUGCUCGACACGUCACUGACCCACCACUAGAUGACUUCAACCCUCGCAUACGACUCAAGCUUUGUUUACAAGUCAAUCAAGACGUGUGCAGUGACUACACAGAAGCUGAAAUUGGUACGUCGUACAUCAAGGAAACAUCGGCGCGCACUACAGCCGCCAUUGUUGGAAUAUUCGUUACGACAGUUGUAGUUCUCUUGUUUGUGGGACUAUUGCUACUGAUCUACCAGUGCAGGCGCAGGCCUAACAAAAAGGACAGGUCCAAAGACUAUGAAAUGGACUCAAUGAGAGCGGCUAAAGUGACACCACAGAAUCAGGCCCCGCCUCCAUAUUACCCUAGCUCCGGUAUGGAAAAUAAAGCUCUAGAACAUUCUAUGGACAUGGCGCUAUCAAUGGACGACUCCAAAACUGCUGUAUACGCGACCCAAGGCGGCUACUCGUAUCACGUACCACCACACACACAGCCUCAUCCUGGACAAACGAUGCCUAAUUCGGACUGGGUAAACAUGGGCUUCAUAGAAAAUAGCUACACGAACAGUAAUAACGGGGGUAGCGUGAACUCGCAAGACUCGCUGUGGCAGAUGAAGAUGGCAGCGGCCAAUAAUGCGGCGACGUUACCAGCGCACCAGGUGCUCGACCGACAGAGUAACUACGACUACGACCCAAUAUCUCACGCGGGCUACAGGAACAUUGAUGACUAUGCGCAUUAUUCGCACUUGCCCCACGCCAGUCAGCCUCCCGCACCCAAUGACUACGACAUGCGCGCCGCACAGAACCCCUCUCGACAGGAGUACUGCUCCGACCCAUACGCCUCAGUACACAAACCCAAGAAGCGGAUGGAUCAACACAUCGAAUCACCGUACCAUGAGGUGAGUGGUCUGCCGGAGUACGGCAUGCGCGGUGGCGCAGAGGAGGGCGGUGCUGAAGAGAAGCCGCUGCACAUGUCGCUGGGCUACGACGAGUCGCUGGAGUCAGGUUACUCGACACCCAACUCGCGCGCACGCCGCGUCAUCCGCGAGAUCAUCGUAUGAACACGGCUGUAAGAUGGCCGACGCGUGUGACGCUCGGCUGCCGACGACCGUGUUUGUGUCGCGUGGGCCCCCGAGUCUGCCCCUGACUUCCGUUUACUUGUUACCCCAUGAACUCUCAUCGUCUGCAAGUUCAAGGGCGACGGCUGCGUGAAACUCAUAAGUGAAGUUGGUGAGAUUAUCGUCAAUGUCGCGCAGCUGUUGCUCUACAAUGAUAACAAGUUAAGUGUAGCUAGUGCGUGUGAACAAAUGUUUUGUGAUAAAGUCGCGUAACAUAAUUUUAUACAGGGAAGGAAAAUGAACUAGAAAUAAGUCGGUGGUGACAGACUUAGAAACUUCGCGAGUGACGUGGGAUUAAAAGUGUUGUUAACUUGUAAAACGGAAACCAAAUUAUCUAAUUAACAGGUGAUUUAAUUUGCCUUCAGUUUGAGCAGUCACUGUCAUCUUAAUUCAACAGAAAAUGAAUGUUUAAAUUCACUGAGCUUUGUUUAUGGGCAAUAUUUGGAGAAAAACAACUAAACUUUGCCUUUUAAACCAGUUGUAAAAGAAAUAUUAUGGUUAUAUUCUAGUUUUACUCUUGCAGUAAAUCUGGAUUAACUGUUCUUGUUUCAAUAUUUUUUUAUUAUGAUUAGUUAUAAUUCAAGAGGUACUCGUAAACAAUACAAAGGUAUUUAAGAUAAGGAAGUUGCCAUAAAAUCGCUUAGUUCUUAAAUUAAAAUACCUGUCUGUCGCGAUGAACUGGUACAAAAGCGAUAGAAUGUAUUAUGUAAGCUCUUGUUAUUCUUAUAAGUAAAUUUCUUUCAUAUAAACUUCGGAACCAAGGUUUCGAUCGAUAACGAAUGAUAUGUGAUCUCCAUAGCUCAUAUUUUGUAAAUGUGGUUUAUUGUUGACUUGAUGCAAGUAUGGUGCGAGUGGUGUAAAUAAAUCAUCGAAGUGUAGAAUAGUGAUCAUUAUCGACAUUGUCAAUUGUGAUGCUAGGGUGUACGAGUAAUGUGUAACGCACGUAUGUACGUAGAGUUUACGAGCAGUGAAACGAAGAAACCUUCAUUUGACACGACCGAGGUCGUCAAACGCUUUACACCCAAUCGACGCUUUGGAUAUUCAUUUUAAUUUCCUUCGACAAACAUUUGAUUUUAUACAUCCAGCUUUGUAUCCGAAUAAAUUUAAUAACGAGAUAAGAUUUACAAAUCCAUUAAUAUCUCUCCAAGCCACAUUUUACGAGACCUCAUUUUUGAACAAGAAAUUAUGUGCAGAUUUAAAUCUCCAAGCAAUAUUCCGAGCCAAAAUAAUCUUGUCGAAGUCUCAAAUUCCUUGUUUCGCGACCUUAAGACUUGAUCUGGUAAUGAACAAAAUUUCUGUAUGAAUUGCACUGAUGGGGGAAGAUUACGACUCCCCCGGAACAUUGUUUAGUAACGACCGUAAUUACGUUUUAUUGUAUAUUAAAAUGGUGUUUGUAAAAAUUAUUAACCUUCUACGUAUCUGCCUUAAUUUCGUUGGAGUGACACUCAAGUGAUUAGUAUAAUUAUCUCAAUGUUUCAGCAUUUACACAAAUUACUCGUAAAUGUAUUGAACAAUUUGAUAACAAAAUAUCUACAUUAUUUCAGCGAUCUCACCUCGUGUCACUUGGUAAUUUCUAGUCUCAUAAACUCUAGACGUUUGACGGAAAUUGAAACAAUCAGCAUUCAUCACAAUGAUGUGUUUAUUGAAAUAUUGAAAAGUUCAGACUUUAAUAGAAUAAGAUUUAUUACGAGGAUGUUAUUGGUUUCACAAGUAAAGUAGUAAGUUAAAUAUUGAUUAUAUUAAUUGUAAAUAUACACUCGUGUUACGUCAAUGUUUAUAUUUGACUGUAUGGAUUUUCGAAAUCUUGAUAUUAUUCUUUUCUAGUAAUAAUGAGAUCUUGGAUUUUGAUGGGAGCUCAAAAUCUACUAAAUAUAAUGAUUUAGAUUUAGAGACAAAUAAAUGUAUGGGCUGUAGCCAGGGGUAUGAGCGAGUUCAUUCAGAUAGUACUUACACCAUUGUGUAUUUUCUAAGUGUAUGGGUUGUCUAGGGUGGAGGACUGAAAGCCAAAUCUCCUCUUUGCUAGCCAACCCCUUUUCACUCGCAGCCCGUGGCUAUAGCCUUCGACAAAAGACUGUCAUACUAGUAUUGGGGACAUGUCUGUGUAAUAUUUUACAUUAUGUGUUCGUGUCCUUUAAUGUAUUACCUAUUUCCUCGUAAACAUUGCAGGACGUGAAUUUAAAUUGCUCUUUAUAUAUACAAUAUUUAUACCCCCAUUAAAAUGUAAUUUGUUUUGUAUUAUUCGUCUGUCUGUAACAAGUCCUUCACAGUGUAAUAAAGUCCCUUCGUCCUUGUCUGAAACGAUACAAUUGCUAUCACUGCCUAUGCCAUUCCUGUAGUUAGGAGAAUAAAUGGUGAAAAUGAAGACAAAUAUUCUGAGGGCAUAAUACGAGUUUUGUUUUACGAUUAAAGUAAUUAAAACGAGACUGCAUUCGGCGCACUGAUUGGUCGGCUUCAAUAAACCAGCCAAUGAGAACAUCAAACGCGGUCCCGUUUCGAGCUCGUACUAAGCCCUCUGUAAUAUAGAUAGUUGUACUAAUUUUACGAAUUUACUAAAUGCAGCUGAUUAUUUAUUUAGUCGCUUAAUGCUGCUACGAUAUAUAUACAUACAUAGACAUACAUUACGUUUUCUGGGAAGUCUUAAAAUAUUUUUAUGUAAUCUGCUUAGUCAUAUGUCGCUAGGUUCUAGGACUAAGUCGGUCUAUGUGAGGUGCCUGCUUUUUAGCAGAAUCUGUCCCUGAACAUCAAAGCAGUUAAUUUUUUUAUUUUAUUUUGUAAAUUCGCUUUUUUAAGCUUGUUUUAGAUGUCUAAUGAAUGGCCCUAGAAUAUAUUUGCUAGCUAUUUGUUUAGUGCCAAUCUACUUUAUCAAUAUUAUGAAUGACUACUUAAAUAAGAAACACGAGAUUUUGAGUUUCAUUUAUUUGAAUGAUUUAUAAAAUUAUGAAUUAUGUAUAUUUUUAUUAUUCAUACAAUAAUGCAAUCUGCUGUUCAUUGAAUUAAAUCUUUCGUAAUUAGGUAAUAACAUCACUCCGAGCUUGAUCUUUAGGUUCGACUAUUAGGUUAGAACUUAGAAAUAAUAAUGUUAAGUAUUUGACACAAUUUUCGACCUAAAGUACAGUAUCAUAUGAACCAUCCAUUUUGUUGUAAUCAUACAUAAUUAUGUUCAUUUAGAUUAAAAUUACGAAAUUACCCACCUUGAUAAAAUGAAUCAUCAAUUUUUUUAUUAAACUUUUUUUUUUUAAAUAAAUUAUGUUAAAGUUGUAUAAUUUAGAUUUAUAAUUUCAUUUUUUGUAAUAGUUAUUUUCAAUUGACAUCAUGGCGGUUUUUAUAUUAUUUUAUUUAAUAAUUUGUUGUUUAAAGUCAUCGUCUGUGUACGUGUUUAAUGGUUGUUGUAAACACAGGUAUUCAUUAAGUCACUAUGACAUCUAUCACUUGUCAAUUACUUCAAUUAGUCUAUGGACCUGGAAGGUUCAAAUCUCAUUUUAUUUGGUCGGAAAAAUCGGUACUUUUAUUUUUUAAAUACCGUUAUAGAAUUUUGAUGAAAAGUAUUGCAAUGCGUGUGUUGAGCUGGGUAGCAGCAGUCGGUUUUAAAAGGGAAUUCUUUUAAUGGUCAUAGAGGCAUGCUCUCUCCGCCGCAUAUUCACGUUUGUGUAAAACGUAUUGAAUCUCAAUAAAUACACGCCGCGAAUAAUGAAGUCUUUUGACAAACGUCCACGUCCGUAAUAACAGCAAUUCAUCAAACUGAAUCGAUUUUUGAUUCGAUCACAUUUCCGUCUCAUUUCGCUUUGGGUAUUUUUUUAUAGAUAAACAAAGGCUGCUUGUUUUUAUGUGUAUUAUAAUCAUAAUUUGGAAUAGUUUUAUCGAUCUUUUGGUUAGUUAGACUGCCAUCAGUCAAGCAUUUAACUCAGCUUUUAAAAUUAAACUUACAGUUGAAUGCUCAGUAAUUAUACUUUCACAAACAUAAUUAUAAAUAUAGCUUUCAAUUUUGCCUGUUUACAAAAAUAAAUUCACAACACAGAUAAAUAUA